AUGCUAAAAACACUCUUACCUGAAAAUCCUGAUUUGAAAACUGAGGGCACAGGUGCCUAUCAUUGGCAUAUAAGCAAUUGGAAGAAUCUUGAAGCCAAAACGCAUAGUCCAAUUUUUCAAAUUAAUGGUUAUCCUUGGCGUAUCUUGUUGUUUCCUAGAGGGAAUAAUCAAAAGAAAUCCGUCUCAGUCUAUUUAGAAAUAGCCGAUCAAACGGAGAACAGCUUACCAGCAAAUUGGCAUGUCUGUGCUCAAUUUGCGCUCGUCAUUUCUAAUCCAGAAGACCCAACCCUGUAUUCAACAAAUAGCGCAAAUCAUCGUUUUUCAAGUGAAGAGAUAGAUUGGGGCUUUACUCGAUUUUACGAAAUAGAAGAGCUAAAUCAACUAUCAGCACAAGGCAAAGGCCCCUUCCUGAUCAACGACAACAAUGAAAUUGUUAUCUCAGCCUUUGUCCGAUGCAUUCAAGAUGAAACUGGCGUUCUAUGGCACAAUUUCACCAAUUACGACUCGCGUAAGGAAACGGGGUACGUUGGUAUCAAAAACCAAGGCGCCACAUGCUAUAUGAAUUCACUUCUUCAAUCGCUCUAUUGCACGAAUACCUUCCGAAAAGCAGUAUACCAGAUACCUACCGAGAAAGAAGAACCCACCAACAGUGUGGCUCUUGCCUUGCAGCGUUGCUUUUACAACCUUCAAUACUCAGCCGAGCCGGUUGGCACGACCGAGCUGACAAAGUCAUUCGGCUGGGAUUCAUUGGAUGCAUUCAUGCAGCAUGACGUUCAGGAAUUCAAUCGUGUGUUACAAGACAAUUUGGAGGAAAAGAUGAAAGGCACACCCGCUGACGGCGCUAUUUCGAAACUAUUUGAGGGCAAAAUGAAAAGCUACAUCAAAUGCAUCAAUGUCGAUUAUGAAUCCUCCAGAGUUGAGAAUUAUUAUGACAUUCAAUUGAAUGUCAAGGGUUGUAAAGAUCUGACAGAUUCGUUUGAGAAUUACAUUGAAGUGGAAACGCUGGAAGGUGAAAAUAAAUAUCAAGCAGAAGGUCAUGGGUUGCAGGAUGCGAAAAAGGGCGUCAUUUUCGAAAGUUUUCCGCCAGUAUUACAUUUACAGUUGAAGCGAUUUGAAUAUGAUUUCAUGAGAGAUACCAUGGUGAAGAUCAAUGACCGCUAUGAAUUCCCUUCAGAAAUCAAUCUAGACAAGUAUUGCUCAAACUCUGAUAAAGAUGGACCGUAUGAUUAUGAGUUACAUGGCGUUCUCGUACACAGCGGUGACAUUUCUGGUGGACAUUAUUUCGCUUUGAUUAGACCAGGAAAAGAAGAAAAAUGGUAUCGAUUUGAUGAUGAUCGUGUCAUACCCGUCACGCACAAAGAAGUGUAUGAAGAGAAUUUUGGCGAUGAACCGCUCCGCAACGGUCGAGAUGCACCCAGCUUCCUUAAUGGCAACACAAGGACGAAUUCUGCUGCUCGUAUGAUGAAGAGGUUUACUAAUGCAUAUAUGUUGGUUUAUAUCCGAAAGAGUAAGCUGGAUGAAAUUCUCGGUCCUGUGUCAGAGUCGGAUAUUCCUGUCCAUUUGAAACGUCGAUUGGAUGACGAAAGAGCAACGAUUGAAAAACGCAAACAAGACCGACAAGACAUGCAUUUGAAUGUGAAAGCAGCUGUCAUUACUGAUAAGGCAUUUGAGGAUUAUCAGGGCUUCAACUUGGCUGUAUUUGACGACCGAUCGAUUGAAGCAUCGCCUCGAGUGGAUAUUUUCAAGGAGCCCAAGACAGAGAAGAUCAGUGCCUUCAAAGAGAAGCUGAUGGCUCAUUAUCAACUGGAACCUGAUACGUUCAGAUUAUGGAAUAUUGUCUAUCGUCAAAACAAGACGAUUCGUAUUGAUCAGUUAUUGACGGCCGCUGAAGAAAAGCAGUCCAUGGAAAAACUGAGAGAGUUGACUUGUGUCAGUACUUCGAUGAAUGGCUUCGCCAAACUUUAUGUGGAAAUAGCAGAGAAGGGUAAACCUUUACCUGUCAUUCGAAACGACCAAAUCAUUGUCUUUGUCAAGUAUUUCGACAUUCACGAGCAAGCGUUCAGAGGCCUCGGUCAUCUAUUUGUCGCAAUGAACGAAAAAGUGAGUUCGAUAUUAAGUACCUUGGCUGAAAAAGCAGGAUUACCCAAGAGUACAUCUAUUCAACUAUACGAAGAAGUGAAGCCCUCCUCUAUCGAUCUCUUGAAGAGUGAUCUCACCUUCCGUAAAGCCGAGCUACAACAUGGUGAUAUUAUCUGCUUCCAGAGGACAUUAUCGCAAAGAGAGGUGGAUGACUAUACACAGAAAGGCAUGAUCACAUCUGUACCUGAUUAUUACCAGUCUCUUUACAAUAGAGUCGGUGUCUUAUUCAAACCAAAGCCGAAUAGUGAAAAUAACUCUCAACAUGAAGAGAUCAAGCUGACACUGGAUCGAACGGCCAGUUAUGUGACCGUGGCCAAGUCGUUAGCAGAUCCACUCAAGGUCGAAGCGAGCAAGAUUCGGUUCACCAAUUCGUAUGCAGUCACGCAUCAACCGCGAGAGGUGAUUCACUAUAAACCUGGCACGCGACUGGAAGAGAUGGUGACGCUAGCCAAGCCUCAAGAGUAUCUUCAGUGUGCCAACUUUGAUACGAGUGCGCCUUUGUCCGUCAUGUACUAUGAAGUGCUGGAUAUCGAUGUGGCUGAUCUCGAAACGAAGCGAUCGAUGGAUGUGAUUGUGUUGGGGCCGACGUUACGCAAGGAAACAAAGAUAACAGUACUUUUAGCGCGAACAGGGUCUGUGCGUCAAUUGCUGGAACAAAUUAUCAGUAAAGGCAAGAUGGAAGUAAAGGACCCUGCGAGAAUUCGAUUGUAUGAAGCUGUGGAUGGAAAGGUGACCAAGGAGUUCUCUUUGGAUCAAACCAUUGAUAAUGUAGCAACCACAGGGAAGUCCACGGUUGUUUAUGCAGAGCCGAUACCCAAAGAUGAGUUGGAAAUGAAUCAAGAUACCGAUCGCCUUAUUCAAGUGGUUCAUUAUCAUAACUACCCAACCCACUUUCAUAGUAUUCCUUUCAGAUUUGUUGCUAUCAAAGGGGAACCGUUUGAAGAAACAAAGAAAAGAUUACAGAAACGAACGGGUCUGGGCGAUAUGGACUGGAAAAAGGUCAAGUUUACGGUGUUGAAAAAUCUGAAUGCUCCAGAACCACAGGUGAUGACAAUCGAUCAACCUGAUUUUGAUUUACGUAAAGCCAAACUACAAGAAGAAGAUGCACUUGGUCUGGAUCAUGUAGACAAGUCUACAAAGAGUCGCUUUAGUAGCGUCUUUGAUAAAGGCAUUUUUAUUAGAGGUUAG